AUGGCACCAUCACAUCCCAAGAAACGCAUAGUCGUGUGCUGCGACGGCACAUGGCUCGACAGCGACGGCGACUACCAGACUCCCAGCAAUGUCACCCGAAUUGCCAGAGCCAUUCCCCCUACGGGCGUCGACAAGUCCACCACUCCCCAUCAGUCAAUCACCCAGGUCGUCUUCUACCAAAACGGCAUUGGCACGGGCACCCCAUCUUUGUACGACAGAGUCAUUGGAGGUGCUACUGGUGAGGGCCUCGCAGAGCACAUCCGGGAAGCAUACAGCUUCAUCUGUCUCAACUACAACCCCGGAGAUGAGAUUUUCCUGCUAGGUUUCUCGCGAGGAGCUUUCACCGCUCGCUCGAUCUCAAGCUUGAUCAACGCGGCUGGACUCCUCACCUCGAAAGGUCUGGAGUAUUUCGUUCAGGUUUUUGAAGACUGGGAGUUUCAGCAGAAGAAGGACUUCAAGACCAAGUGGCCAAACCUGCCAUUUGCGGGCCACAAGCCCCCGGUCACCCAUCCACAUUACCAGAAGCAGCUCAUCGAUAAUGGCCUGACACGACCACACAUCAAGGUCAAGUGUGUCGCUGUCUGGGACACUGUCGGUGGACUGGGCAUCCCCAUGAUCGGACUCUUGCCCCAGCCACCCAGCACAGACUUUGCCUUUGUCGACACACGGGUUGAGUCAAACAUCGAGUACGCAUUUCAGGCUCUGGCCCUCGACGAACAUCGGCGAUCUUUCUCUCCCACAGUCUGGGAUUGGCCACAUGUCGAACACCACGAUUUGAAGAUCCUCAAGCAAUGUUGGUUCCCGGGCGUGCAUAGCGACAUUGGCGGCAGCUACGACGACACCGCCCUGGCAAACCUGACCCUGGCGUGGAUGAUUAGCCAGCUGGACCCGAUUCUCACAAUCAAUCACGACUACAUCAUGGACUACAUUACGCCAGUGCAAAAGGACGAUCUGACCCUCUCCGGACGACACCAGACAUUCACUCACGAAGGCCGCAUGGCCACAGUCAGCAAUACCAGAGUACACCCGCGGCCUUGGGGGUUAGGCAAAAUCCACGACAGCAUGAGCAUGUUCUUCAGGCUAGGCGGCUCGCGCAUUCGCACUCCUGGCGAAUACCGCGAGCAAGAGCUCGCUUCCCAGCAUGGGGUGCUUUUCUGGAUGAUGCACAAGAUCUUCCAUCGGUUCAUUAGCCUCUUUGAGGACGACAAGCACGCCCUUCCACGAUUGAGAAGGACCAACGAAACAAUCCACAGCAGCGUCCGUAUCCGCAUGGGCAAACACGGCCUGGGCUACAACGACAAGGGCACAUACGACUCGCAAGCACUACAAGGCUGGAUUAUGCACGGAGUGGAGACCAAUCCUGACACGCCCAUUGCCGUUGAUGCCCCUGGGGCUGUUGGUAAGAUGAAGAAUGUGGUUUGGAAAAAGCAAGUCUACCCAGAAAAGGUCAUCGAACCCCCAUCCCAAAACGGAGAGAAGAGAGGCAAAGUUGAGAUUUUGGAGAACAAGGGCAAAACACAUGGUCUCGAGAUGGAGGAGGAACCGCUGGGCGCCUUCGAGCGGAAGAUUCUGCAAGAGUGGCCCGUGGGAGACAUCAAGAACGACUUUGAUACCAUUAUGCCCGGAAGACAUCAACAGAAUGUGGACCGCGCGCAUACUGUACCCUUGGAUGCGCAUGACCAUGUUCGGGGAGCCUCGGGCAGUAGUGCAGGCAGAAACGGAGAGCCACUAACCCUGCAGACUGGAAAGAGGAGGAGCGAGACUGAUUAG